UUUUUCUUUUUUUUCUUGCAUGCAUGAUUCAAGACUUUUCUUUCGUUUUUUUUCCCCAUUUUCCUUAUCUCCUUUCCAUUAUUUCACAUCAACUCUCCAUAUGUCAUGUUUGUCUGCAUUUUUGUGCGCUCCUGCCAUGUGUCUUCUGUCUGUCUGCAUAUCAAGCAUAGCUUUUGCGCGUCUACUUCUCAUUUGUGUUUUCGUUCAGCAUUUUCGAGGAUUCAGCGAAUACAUAUGUAUAUUCAUCUGCCCUUUGAAGUUCUGGCACUUUUUUCUUCUGGUUCUUUCUCUCGGGGCAGUAUCGAAUGGAAAAUAGAUACAGAGCAAUAAACAACAAUAAACAAUCACGCUAGUC